AUGGGGGACUGGAAUUUCCUUGGAGGAAUUCUGGAGGAAUAUCAUAUCCACUCCACCAUGAUUGGAAAGAUCUGGCUUGUUCUGGACAUAGCAGCUGAAGAUAUAUGGAAUGAUGAGCAGUCUCGCUUCAUCUGCAAUACAGAACAACCUGGAUGCAGAAAUUUAUGCUAUGACUAGGCCUUUCCUAUCUUCCUCAUUAGACACUGAGUUCUGCAAAUGGUAUUUGUGUCUCCACCAUCCCUGGUCUACAUGGGCCAUGCCUUGUAUCGACUGAGAGUUCUGGAAAAGAGGCAGAGGAUGAAAGAGCAAUUGAGAGGAGAACUAGUGGGGGUAGAGUUUGAAACUGGGGGCCAGAGGAGACUGGAGCAAGAGUUCUAUCAGCUGGAGCAAAGGAAACCAAAUUAAGCUCCACUCAGAUGAACCUUGCUUUGCACUUAUGUGAUACACAUCUUCACUCACUCGGUUAAAAUUGGUUUCAUGAUUGGACAGUAUAUUUUUUCUGGAUUUUACUUAGAGCCUCUAUUUAAACAGCACAGUCACUCAUGUCCAAAUAUAAUUGACUGUUUUGUCUCAAGACCAAUAGAAAAAACAAUAUUCCUCUUAUUUAUGCAAUUCAUAGCCACUAUUUCACUUUAAAAUAUUCUAGAAAUUAUGCACCUCGGUUUUAAAAAGAUUAAAAGAGGGUUUGGGGGACAAUAUAAAUUGAAGGAUGAACAUAAUGAAUUCUAUGUGAACAAGUCAAAACAAAAUCCUGCCAAAAUUCAGAGCACAUCAACAGAGUCACUGACUGCUGCACCUGAUUAUAAGUUAGUGGAAAAGCAAGUGCACACAGCAGUGUACCUUCAUUUAAAUUCAUCUGCAUUCCAGGCAGAUCCUGACAAUCACCGUAGAAAUAAGAAAUGUCUUUCAGAUGAACAGGAAACCAUAUUUUCUAAUGAGAUACGCACAAUUAGUACUAAUCAAAGUCAUCUUCAACACAUCAGCUCAAAUGAUCAUGAAGGAACUGAUAAAAUACUUGGAAAAGAAGUUAAGGGUAAACAGUUAAGGGAAAAAAGAUAAACGUAUGGCAAAAACAGCAAAAGAAACGACUCUAGUCACUGUUCUACUCCAAGUGUUGCUAUAGAUCUGGAAAACCAUGGGAAGUAGUUGUCCCGAACAGUUUUCUCUCUGCCAACUAAAUGUGCCUGGAAACUGAGGUGUACUGCUACAUGGGGUUUCUCUACAGAGGAUCAAAGCUGGUCUCCAAAAGGUAACUUCAAGGGUCAGUCCAGAGAGGACACAAUCAGAACCCUUACUCCUUCACCGAAUGACUCCCAACCACUUGACAUUCCAGGCACUUCUGAUUCUUUGGGAGAAUUGUCCUUUGAAUCUGAAUUCAUCAGAACCUGCAAUAGUACUAGCGAUUGUCCUCCAAAUCAUUUAGUGUCACCGACAAACAAUCUUACUGGUAGGCAGGUUCCCACAGAUCUUCAGAUCUGA